AUGGAGAAGAUCUGCGUCGCCGUCCGCCUGAGACCUCCGGCAACUCAAGAUUCUUCCGGCGGAACCUUCUGGAAGGUCGACGAGAACCGCGUUUCUCUUCACAAGGUUCACGGCACUCCGAUCUCCGGAGUCUCCUACGCUUUCGACCAUGUGUUCGACGAAACGUGCAGCAAUUCUAGGGUUUAUGAUCUUCUUACCAAGGACAUAAUUCACGCCGUGGUAGAAGGUUUCAAUGGAACUGCAUUUGCGUAUGGGCAGACCAGCAGUGGCAAGACUUUCACCAUGAACGGUUCCGAUACAGAUCCCGGUAUCAUUCACCGGGCGGUGAGGGACGUGUUUGAGAGAAUCCACAUGAUGUCACACCGGGAGUUUCUGAUUCGAGUUUCAUACAUGGAGAUCUACAACGAAGAAAUUAAUGACCUUUUGGCUGUAGAGAACCAGAAAUUGCAGAUUCAUGAGAGUUUGGAGCGUGGAAUAUUUGUUGCCGGCCUCAAAGAGGAGAUUGUAAGUAAUGCUGAACAGGUUUUGAAGCUGCUUGAAGCCGGAGAAGUUAAUAGACACUUUGGAGAAACAAAUAUGAAUGCUCGGAGUAGUAGAUCUCACACAAUAUUCAGAAUGGUAAUUGAAAGCAAAGAGAAGGACAUCAAUGCAAAUGCUGAUGUUAUUCGCGUCUCGGUCUUGAAUUUGGUUGAUUUAGCUGGUUCUGAACGAAUUGCUAAAACUGGAGCUGGGGGAGUACGUUUGAAAGAAGGAAAGCACAUAAACAAGAGCUUAAUGAGUCUUGGUAAUGUGAUCAACAAACUAAGUGAUGGUGCCAAAAACAGGGGUCAUAUUCCUUAUCGUGAUAGUAAGCUAACCCGUAUACUUCAACCUGCCCUUGGUGGUAAUGCAAAAACUUCAAUAAUAUGCACUAUAGCACCAGAAGAGGUACAUGUUGAGGAAACAAAGGGAACCCUUCAGUUUGCUAGCAGAGCUAAGCGUAUCACUAAUUGUGCUCAAGUAAACGAGAUCUUGACAGAAGCAGCCUUACUGAAGAGGCAAAAACAAGAGAUAGAAGAGCUUCGUAAGAAGCUUCAGGGAUCCCAUGCUGAGGUGUUAGAGCAGGAGAUAUUGAAAUUGAGAAAUGACCUGCUUCAGAAUGAACUAGAGCGUGAAAAGCUGGAAACAGAAUUGGAAGAGGAGAGGAAAUCAAAAUUGAACAAUCUCGGUAGUGUAGACACACUCUCAGACUUUGGCGGUAGUUCUUGUCAGCCACAAGAUUCUGGGAGACAAAGCCUUAAGGAAGAAUGUAAUGACAGCAUCAGUAAAUCUCAAGGAGCUCUCUUUACAACCCCCUCUAGCAAGGCAGCUCCUAAUGCUUUUGUUGCCAAGAGAUCAAAUUAUUCACCAUUGCCUAGUUUUAGCCCCCUUCCAGAUGCCUUUAGCAAUGUGGUUGAUGAAGACACGUGGAUGAAAAUGAACAAAGGUUACAUAGCUGACCUUGAUUCCAUUCAAAUGACUCCUGCAAGAAAAGUUCAAUCCUUUCCACCAAGUGAUGCAACUCCGGGAAAUUCAAAUGAGAAUCACGAGCAGGAGGUCCAAAAUUUGAAGAGGCAAUUAGAACUUGCAAUUGAAGAAAGAGAUGAUCUUAAGAGGAAGCAUGACGAACAAGUUAGGAAACAUGAGGAACAAGUUUUACUGAACAAUCAAUUAUUGUCAGAGAUAUCUGAGCUCCAACAAGAAGCACAGCUGAUUCGAGAAAUCCCUCAAAGGCUUGGUGAAUGUGCAGCAACUUGCAAAGAUAUAUAUGUGGAUGUUUUAUCAACGACUCAGAGUUAUAUAUCUGAUGAAAAAUCUUCUGUGGCGAAAUUGCUUUCAAGUAUAACUGAAAUUGGCACAAGCCUAUUUACAACUCUAGAAGUCGAUUUCUCAGUGCCAAUUGCUGACCAAAGAUCUUGGAUCCAAGAACAGCAUAAAGUGCUUUCUGAGAGGUUGAGCAACACAGUUAAAUUAUUGGUAUCAUCAGAAACAGUAAACAGUGAGGAUGGACAAGCAAGGAAGUCACAGGAAUGCGCAAUGGGAGGAGAUGCUGCCUCUUGGAAGGAAAAACUGAGCAAUGAGCUGAACACCAUCAAGGAAAGACACCAUGACCUGGCAAAAGAGCUAGAUUCUCAUAACCAGCUUCUGAAGAACUCUAAACAAAGAUAUGAGAUCUUGGAAACUGAGUUUCAGCUGUUGAAGGAAGAAAGGGAUUCCUUGCACAAAGCGGCAUCUGAAUCGUCUGAAAGACUAUUACUAAUUACUGAGCAGAAGGAAAAUAUUGUGAAUUAUAUGAAAGAAGAGUUGCAGAGAAGAAAAGAUCUUGAAGAAAAAAUUAAGCAGUUCAGUGUCGCAUUUUGCAAUCGGAAGACAUCACUUAUGUCUUUUCACAAUGAGUUCAAGUCUAAAGUUGAGAGCCUGAAAGCCGAAUAUGGAGUUUCAGUUCCCAAAUCUAGUAAUGUGGUUCAAUAG